CUAGGGUCAAGUUGUAAUUUUGUUAUUGUUUAAGAGCUGAUGUCUUCGCCAACUACCGCCCCUCCUACUGACGAUGAGAUAACAGCGAUAUCCUACGAGACCGAGGAUGUAGGAUCGGUCAUAUCCAGCUCAAAGACCAAGUACACUUGGCGAUUCGAGAUCGGCGGACAGAGCUACUUAGUGAAUCUCUUCGUCUCGUGGCGCAGUGACAAAUACCGUGUCGUUUUGAAUGGUUACGAACAGACCAUGCAAGUUCAAAAGUCGGGCAAGUUCAGUUACGCUUUCAAAUUCCAAGGGCAUUAUUUCAAAGUAGUCCCAUCGAGAUAUCCAGACAGAUGGGAUUUGCUCAUCGACACCGUGCCCUUCUACGCCUAUACGGCUCGAGGGAAGCGGGAGCAGGCUAUUCGGCUUAGACAGUACUAUGAGAGACGAAUUGCUGAGAAGAGACAGGCCAAUGAGACGGAUGACGAUGAGUAUCGAGAGAUGCAGAAACAAGUAGCAUUGCUUCGAGCGCAAGAUGGAGAGGAUGAUAGCUCUUCGGAAGAGGAGGAAUCUAGCGAGGAUGAGAAUCCUCAAGUUCCGCCCCCUACCGAUCUGGCAUCUCGCAUAGGCCACCGUAACGACUACAAGCAGCAGAUGGAUGCCGCUGAGAACGCGUUUUAUAGUACUCAAAUGCCGACCUUCCCGGACGAUCCCUCGACUGGUGGACCACAGCAAGCCUCGGCGGCCCCGCCGGACAUGAUCUCUUUCGACAGUCCUGACGUGUGGGGACCAGCUGCUGCUGGUGUAGCGGUGGCUGGGAUGGCUGCUGCACAGUAUGGGAGCAACGAGGCCCAUGGGGGUCGGCAGGCAGAUGGCAAUGGUGAUAAUGUGAAUCCUUUCGCGAUGGGGACCACGCCUGGGGGAGGCCAGCAGGCUACUGCUGGCAGUGCAUUCGAGGCCUUUGAUGCACUCACACCACCAGGGGGAGAUCAGACACUACCACAAGGGUAUAUCCCUCCACCUUUGGGAGUGCAGGGCGUUCCAGCUACUACCACUUCUAGUGUCAUCUCAUCGCAGUCGGCUCCCUAUAGCCAGUACGGCAGUCAGUCGAUGCCUCAACAACAGCAGUGGCCGUCGGAGGCCAGUGGGAGCUACUACUAUUACGGCACAGCUACGAGUGCUACGGAUGCCAAAGUGCAGCAGCAAGGGAGCUCCCCUGUCGCUCCGGCUCAUGCGGUGGCAGAACAGAAGCGAUAA